UUGAAAAUGAAAUAAAGGCUGGAAAUUCCUCUCUCUCUCUCUCUGUCUCUUAUCUCGACGGUCUCCAAAGCAUCUCCGAAUCUGCAAAAUAGAAUAAAAAGGUUUCUUAGACUUCUCCUUUCCUUCUAUUCUCUCUCUGGCUUUGCUCCUUCACCUAAUGGGAGUCUGAGCUUCUAUCGCUGCCGUGGGAUUACGCGACUUCGUAACUAUGACCUCCAUUACAUCCGUCGAAUUGAAUUACCUCGUCUUCCGUUACCUUCAAGAGUCAGGGUUUACGCAUUCAGCAUUUACUUUAGGAUAUGAGGCAGGCAUUAAUAAGUGUACUAUUGAUGGGAAUUUGAUUCCGCCUGGGGCUCUUAUUACAUUUGUUCAAAAAGGACUUCAGUACCUGGAGAUGGAAGCCAACUUGAGUAAUAAUGAUGUAGAAAUGGAUGAAGAUUUCUCAUUCUUACAACCUUUGGAUAUAAUAACAAAGGAUGUAAAUCAAUUGCGGCAAAUGAUAAAAGAGAAAAGGAAGAAUGUCCAAAAGGAUAGAGACAAAGAGAAAGAUAAAGAUAAGGAGUUUGAACGGGAACAUGAAGGAGAGCGUGGACGAGUAAGAGAGAAAGAAAGACAUGAGAGGGAGAAGGAACGUGAAAAGGAAAGAGAGAAGGAUCGUGAAAAGGAAAGGGAGAAGGAACAUGAAAAGGAAAGGGAGAAGGAACGCGAAAAGGAAAGGGAGAAGGUUGAAAGGGAUAAGGAGCGAGAAAAGCAACCGGAGGAACUUGCUGAUAGGGAUAUGGUUAUGGAUCAAGAAGACAAGGAUGUUGUCAAGAAUGAAGAAAAUGGAACUUCUGUAGUAGGACCAGAACCUAUGGAUAUUGCUACUACCUCAGCCCCUGCUUCUCAAGAGGCUUGUGAAAUUCCUAAUUCUGAUGUGACAAUUUUGGAAGGGCAUACAUCUGAGGUUUGUGCUUGUGCGUGGAGUCCAACUGGUUCACUUCUUGCAUCGGGGUCUGGAGAUUCAACAGCUCGUAUUUGGACAAUAGCUGAUGGGCAUUGCAAAUCUGGUGCACAAAACAGUCCAUUAAAUGUUCUAGUGCUGAAGCAUGUAAAAGGAAGAACAAAUGAGAAGAGCAAAGAUGUGACAACACUCGAUUGGAAUGGUGAGGGGACAUUGCUUGCAACAGGUUCAUAUGAUGGCCAAGCAAGAAUUUGGACUACGAAUGGUAAGCCAUAAUGGGUUAUUUUCUUUAUGCCAUUCUAUAUCUUGUGAUUAAAGGUGACAAAUUCUAUUAUGUUAAAGCAGCCUU